AUGCAACAGCCACACAUACAAUUGGAAACAUUUAAUUCAUCAGAUGAGAAAGGAAAAACAGCUAUAUCUAAAACAUCUGAACAAGGAACCGCAAUGGAUAAUUAUGAGAGUAAAUGGUGUGGAGAUUUCAGUCAACACGGUGUCAGACGCCCUAGUUAUUUUUUAUUCAAUAAACUUUGGUCCAGUUCUGAGAACCUUAAUGACUCUCGAACGACAAAUAAAUUAUCUAUUCAAACAUUUAAGCCAACUGGCAAAUUGGAUAGUACUCCAAGAGGGAGAAGAUCGUCAUUUUCAGGAUCUUUUUACAGCUUUAACAAUUUCUUUCAAAUCGGUACAUCAGAAACACUGCCAAAGAGUGAAGAAAGUCUCAUUUGGGGCAUCAUUGAUUGGUACCCCAGAAAUCAAAGCAGAGUUAUUGCAGAUACAACAGGAGUUCGACAAAAAGAACCUGCACAUUUUGCCAUGAGACGCGAAUGGAAAUUUAUUGGAGAAGAUGGCACCAUGGGGUUAUGGCAACUGCACCAAAGUGAACGCGUGGCUGAGAACUCGAACAAUAUCAACAAAAAAACAAGAAGUAAAGGAACCAUGCCUGAAUUGUCAGGAGACAAUGAAACACAAUACAACAAGAAUCUGCUCUCGCUUCGUAACUUAUUGAAAAAUAAGUAUCCAUUUCAUAAAGAAACAAACAAAGAAAAUUUAUACGAUGAUGAAAUUAAUAUGUUUGUUAAAAUUUAUAAUGUUAUUGAUGCUCGCCCUAUACUUGCAUAUGAUGAAGCAAUCUUCUGGUUAAAAGAUCUCAACGAUGUUAUUUAUGUAUGGUUUCGUAAUGAUGAAAUUAUGAUAUGUGCAGGAUGUAAUUUGAAAGAAGCUAUGAACAAUUUUAUCUUUCGUCAGGAAAAACUUUACUAUGUCGAAGAAGAUACUCAUCAUUUGAUUUCAGUGAAAGAAGUUGAAGAUAAAGCUAUUAAUUGUUACAAGGAGGGUAAAAAAACUGCAAUUGUUGUUUCUGAAGAGUCACUAGAACCAUUAAAAAAAGUAAAGGAAGCAUUAAAAAAAGGUGGUGAAAAAAGAAAAAAAAAGAAAAAGAAUAAAUAA